CCCUGAAACCGACUAUACGUCGCCUGAUACCGCUCCCAUUCCCAUCAUCAUUCGAUAGUUGAGCAUGUUCGAGAAACUAGCCGAGGAUUAUGCCAAAUGCAAACGCUAUGUGAAAUGGCUGUAUUUGCUCUACGAGCUGAACACACAGAUCGCCAUCUGUGAGCCCUGGGAGAAGGUUUUUCUGAACAUCCUGCUCGGCAGCUGCAUGUCCCUCUUCCUGUACGCUUCCUUCGCAUAUGUGCCCGGCUAUUGUUUAAGCGUCUUCCAUCUCCUGUGGCCCAUGGCGAGUGCGCAAAAUCUCAAUGCUGGCUCCGCCUGUACCUCGAACAUAGAUGGCUUCUGUGGCAACGAGAGUGAAGUAGUUCUAACGUAA